CACGGCAUCUCGUUGCGCUGCUCGCGAUGCGGAGCCUCGUGCGCUUCCGCCGGGACAAAUAGUGCGCGCGGCCCGUUCCUCCCGUCCCGCCGCCCGCCGCCGCCCGUCCCGCUCCUGUCGGUGCCGCCCCGGCUGAGGCCGCCCGGCCGCUUUCCGGGACCGACGCCGGCGGAUCCCGGGGGGCCGCGAGGAGCGUCGUGCCGUGCGGAUCCCUCCGCCUGCGGUAUCGGUGCUGAGGCCGAGCCGCCGCCAUUUUGAAUGCCCGGCUCCUGCCGCUGCCUCCGCUCCAGGGACCGGCCCGAGGAUGCCAGCCCCCAUCAGACUGCGGGAGCUGAUCCGGACCAUCCGGACAGCAAGAACCCAGGCAGAAGAACGUGAAAUGAUUCAAAAGGAAUGUGCUGCUAUUCGGUCAUCCUUCCGAGAGGAAGAUAACACAUACAGAUGCAGAAAUGUGGCAAAGCUGCUGUAUAUGCACAUGCUGGGAUACCCUGCACAUUUUGGACAGUUGGAGUGCCUCAAGCUCAUUGCCUCUCAGAAAUUCACAGACAAGCGCAUUGGGUAUUUAGGUGCCAUGUUGCUGCUGGAUGAGAGACAGGAUGUCCAUCUUCUUAUGACCAAUUGCAUCAAGAAUGACCUUAACCACAGCACGCAGUAUGUGCAGGGGCUGGCACUCUGCACUCUUGGCUGCAUGGGCUCUUCAGAAAUGUGCAGAGACCUUGCAGGAGAGGUUGAGAAGCUCCUCAAAACAUCCAACUCCUAUCUUAGGAAGAAGGCAGCACUGUGUGCUGUUCAUGUUAUUAGAAAGGUGCCUGAACUUAUGGAGAUGUUCCUGCCAGCCACCAAAAACUUGCUGAAUGAAAAGAACCACGGUGUUCUACACACAUCAGUAGUCCUCCUCACAGAGAUGUGUGAGAGAAGCCCAGACAUGCUUGCACACUUUAGAAAGAACGAAAAGCUUGUUCCCCAAUUAGUUCGUAUUCUGAAGAACCUUAUCAUGUCUGGAUAUUCACCAGAGCAUGAUGUGUCUGGGAUCAGUGACCCCUUUUUGCAGGUGCGAAUCCUGCGGUUACUAAGGAUUCUAGGGCGAAAUGAUGAUGAUUCUAGUGAAGCAAUGAAUGACAUACUUGCACAGGUUGCUACUAAUACAGAAACAAGUAAAAAUGUGGGAAAUGCCAUUCUCUAUGAAACUGUGUUGACUAUUAUGGACAUAAAAUCUGAGAGUGGACUGAGAGUCUUAGCUAUUAACAUCCUAGGCCGUUUCCUAUUGAACAAUGACAAAAAUAUUAGAUAUGUGGCUUUGACAUCACUGUUGAAAACUGUGCAGACAGACCAUAAUGCAGUACAGAGACAUAGAAGCACAAUUGUGGACUGCCUGAAAGAUCUGGAUGUCUCCAUUAAAAGGCGCGCAAUGGAACUGAGUUUUGCUCUUGUUAAUGGGAACAAUGUUCGUGGAAUGAUGAAGGAGUUGCUGUAUUUCCUAGAUUCGUGUGAGCCAGAGUUCAAGGCAGACUGUGCAUCUGGAAUAUUCCUUGCAGCAGAAAAAUACGCUCCUUCCAAACGCUGGCACAUAGACACAAUCAUGAGAGUCUUAACAACAGCAGGAAGUUAUGUUCGUGAUGAUGCUGUUCCCAACCUGAUCCAGCUGAUAACUAAUAGUGUGGAGAUGCAUGCCUACACUGUGCAGAGACUCUACAAAGCCAUCCUUGGUGAUUAUUCUCAGCAGCCACUGGUGCAAGUGGCCUCCUGGUGCAUAGGAGAGUAUGGAGAUCUUCUGGUGUCUGGUCAGUGUGAAGAAGAGGAGCCUAUACAGGUAACAGAGGACGAAGUUCUUGAUAUUUUAGAAAGUGUUCUGAUAUCUAAUAUGUCUGCAUCUGUUACACGAGGCUACGCUCUCACUGCCAUCAUGAAGCUUUCCACAAGGUUCACCUGCACUGUCAAUCGCAUUAAGAAGGUAGUUUCCAUUUACGGCAGCAGCAUUGAUGUGGAGCUACAACAGAGGGCAGUGGAAUAUAAUGCACUAUUCAAGAAAUAUGAUCACAUGAGGCCAGCCCUGCUUGAGAGAAUGCCGGUAAUGGAGAAAGUCACCACCAAUGGCCCUACUGAGAUUGUACAGACCAAUGGAGAGACAGAAACACCGGUACAGGAAUCCAAACCUCCACACUCUGGAUUGCAGCCUGGUAGCCAGGCAAAUGAUUUGUUGGACUUGUUGGGGGGGAAUGAUAUAACACCUGUAAUCCCCACUGCACCUACAAGCAAGCCAGCAUCUGCUGGUGGGGAGCUCCUUGACCUACUUGGAGACCUCAACCUAACAGGUUCCCCAGUAUCUGCCCCUGCACCCCAGAUAUCACAGCCUCCAUUCCUGCUUGAUGGACUGUCAUCACAGCCUCUCUUCAAUGAUAUUGCUGCAGGAAUCCCUUCAAUUACUGCAUACAACAAGAAUGGGCUGAAGAUUGACUUCAGCUUUGAGAGAUCAAAUACCAACCCCAGUGUCACUGUAAUCACAAUACAGGCCUCCAACAGCACAGAGCUGGAUAUGACAGAUUUUGUUUUCCAAGCUGCAGUACCAAAGACAUUCCAACUGCAGCUUCUGUCUCCUAGCAGCAGUGUCAUCCCUGCAUUUAACUCGGGGACCAUUACGCAGGUCAUUAAAGUCCUGAAUCCACAAAAGCAACAACUACGUAUGCGGAUCAAGUUGACAUAUAAUCACAAGGGCUCAGCAAUGCAGGAUCUAGCAGAAGUCAACAACUUCCCCCCUCAGUCUUGGCAGUGAGGCUCUGGCACCAUUCUUAUUCUCACCCCACCCAAUCAAAAGAACUCUGGGAAGAAGGUUGUGAUCCUUGGCAGUCCCCUAAACUGCACCAUGGGCAUGGGGAACAGAUGAGACCUGCUGAUGAGGAGGAAUUUUCCUGAAGUGAUUGCUGACUUUGAAGCAUAUCUGUUAAGACUAAUCUCCUCUCCUCCGCUGAUGAGGCUGGUGGCUUGUGGAGGCUAUUCUGCACUCCCUCACACAUGCAUUCACAGCCAGAAGCAACAUUCCCUCCCUUCCCUGCCUCUUUACCCCCAAAGAAAAACAGCCUGGUUGGAAGAGAAGUCUGGAAUUUCUUGCAGGGAAACUUCCUUUCUCUGCAGCAAGUGAACAACUGCCCCUUCUUUCUGCUGUCUUUUUUUUUUUUUUUUUUCCUUUCCCCUGGGAUGGUCAAGGUGUGUUUUCAUACAUUACUGGCUGGAUUAUCUUCAGGCACUUUCAGCUGGGGCUCAGAAUGGGAACUUGGGGGAUUUUAGGUCGCCUUGCCUCUUUCUUACUGUAUCCCCUGUGUGUAAUGGAGCUGGAGGCUUUUUUGGCCUGUUCAGUGCGUUACUGUAUACACACAUCUCUUAGUUAUGUGAAAUGUACCAAGAGCAAGACAGGCCAUGGGACUUCAUCUACAAACCCGGGACAGUGCAGGAAAGAGGUGCCAGUGAGGCUGAUAAAAUUGCAUUGGUGCUGUUCUUGGAAAUGAAGACUUUACACUUGAAUUUUCUUUCUUUCCAUCAGUGGCUGCAGCCAUACAGAUUCAGUCUUCUGUAGCUUCCCCAGAAAGUAUGGUGAUGUAUAAGAGAUGUAGCGAUGUAAGGAGCAGCUGGUUUUCUACCACGGUUAAUUUCAAAGCCUUUUGACCCAUUAGUUGUGGCUUAUGGUAAGAAAGGACACAUUCAAUUUUGUAGAUCAGUCUUUGAGCGUAAGCUCUGUUGCCUGCUGGGAGACUCAUCGAAGACUCAUCGACAACUGCAGAGUUGUUCUCAGUUAUUCCAGACUUUCUCCCCAGUUUAAUUUCCAGAGCCUGUUGUAGAUUCCCCGGAUUCCAUUUGAUUUACUUCUGACUGGGAUAUUUGUGUUGUAUCUGUAACAUUGGCACUGAAAUAAAGACCAUGCGGUUUAAAGAGACCUUC